AUGUCUACCGAAACAUUCAAGUUCCAAGCUGAGAUUAAUCAAUUGAUGAGUUUGAUCAUCAAUACCUUCUACAGCAAUAAGGAAAUCUUCUUGAGAGAAUUGAUAUCCAAUGCUUCUGAUGCUUUGGAUAAGCUUCGUCACAUCAGUUUGACUGAACCAUCAGUCUUGGACUCUGAAAGAGAGUUGUUCAUCCACAUUAUUCCUGAUAAGGUUAACAAGACAUUGACCAUUAGAGACUCGGGCCUGGGCAUGACUAAGGCCGAUUUAAUUAAUUGUUUGAUCCAUACAUCAGCAGAAAAUAAUCUGCAAGACAUGUUUGCUCAAUUCCUCAAAGGUCAAAGGGUUGACACUGGAAUGGAAGAAGAAAACAAAAAGUUGAAGAAACAAGUUAAUUUUCUCCAAAAUCUUGCCUGGGAAAAAGAGCAAGAACUUGAAGAAAGGGAUAACGCAUUCUAUGCAAUGGCUGCAAGGGUUGAUGGAGGUGUGCUAGCAAAAUAUUAUACAAAAAUAGUUAAAAGUGAUAGAUCCUAUAGAAUGCAAAUCAAUACCAUCAAACAACAACUCAAAGAGUGUGAUCCAGAUGAUACAUUAAUUAUGAAUUCCUUAAAGAAGAAGAUUGAGACAUUAAACAAGGAACAAGAAGAAGAUAAAUCCCAAUAUUUCCUUGAGUAUGAGAAUGCAAUGAAGAUUACUGAUGCUGAAUUACAUGCCAUUUACCAAAAACACAAUGCAGAGAUGUUGGAACAGAAAAAGUUGAUUGACUAUCUUUAUGCAAAGAGCAACGAAUACGAGUUGACUGGAAAGAAACUUAAUGAUGGACUGAUGGGGAAGGCGUUAGAAAUUGAAAUACUCAAGAAAAGAGUACAAGAGACUGAGAAUCGUUUAAGAGAUGAAGAAAAUAGAUUUUUAACAGCACAAAAUCAGACAAUGAAUGAAUUUGAUCUCCGAAACAAAUCAUUAAUUUCAGAAAUGAAUACUAAUCAUCAAUCAUUAAUAUUAGAAUUGGACACAAAGCAUCAAAUGUUAGUAUCAGAAAUGAAUCAAAGAUACAUGACAAAAUUGUCUGAGUUGGAAGAAGAAAACAAGCAAUUAAGGGUCGAUACAUCAAAUUUUUUGCUAGAGUUACAACAUUCAAAGUUAAGAAUUGAUCAAUUGGAACUUGAAGUUAAGGAAGCAAAAUUAACACAGCUAACACUUGGACAGGCAGCUAUUAAUCAAACUCCUACUACAUAUUCCAGAACUGAGGCCAUGAAAGAUUUCAAUAUCGGUGCAUUUUCUGGUGAUGCCAUGAGUAUUCUCCUUAGACCUCAACAAAGACAAACAAUUAGAGAAUUUCAGUUCAAUCCAGAACAAGACAAUGUUACAACAUUCCAAGGAUAUAUAGAAGCUUCAAGAAAAGUGGGUAAAAGAACCUUUGAGAAAAACACUUUAAACAAUCAUAGGUGUGCAGUAAGGAGUUACUUGAAAUUUAUUUCAAUGUCUCCAGAGGAAAUAGAAGUUAUUCCACCAAAUAAUGAUGCCAUCAAUGCUUGGUUGUGUUUCUUAGCAAGAGAAUCAAAGGCCUUCAACACUAUUUUGAAUUAUGGAAGAGGAUUAUUAAGCCAUAUCAGAGAAGAAACAGGUGCCAAGAACAAUGCCUCAAUAGACCAACUAGACUAUAGAAGAUUUUCUUCCACUUUGAGUAACAUUCUCAAAUCAUUUGGAAAUGAAGAAGAAAAGGCAUUAGUAUACGAUGAUGUGGAAUACUUUAAUGUAAUGAAGAAGAGUUAUUCAUCAACAAGAAGAACUAUUCUUAGAGAUAGAGCCAUGUUUGCCUGUCAGAGUGCAAUUGGUCAAAGACCAGACUCUAUUUCAUUCAUGAAAUUGCGUGAUGUUGAGAUUUUUAUCACAGUUGACAAGAGGGUCAAAAUUAUUUACUCAACCAGGAAAAUGAAGACAAUUUUGAAAAAACCUCACAAACAGCCAAUCACUUCUCAACAUAAUGGUGAUAGAGAGGUUUGUCCAAAUCAUGUUUUAUUGAACUAUCUUAUCGCAAGAGGUGCUUUGGCUUCAUAUGACAUCAAUACUCCGUUGAACAAAGUUUUGGAAACUCCUGGUCAAGUAUUGAUAAAAACAGAUAUGCAAGACAAGUAUUUAUUUCCUUGCAUGAAAGUAGAUGGAACUUUUAGAGAUAACAAUCGUUUAAGGACUUUGUAUUUCACAAGAAUAUAUCGUCAGCUUUUUUCAUUAGCUGGCUACAACAAAAAGGUCAGUGGAUAUUCCCCUAGAAGAUCCUGCGUUACUAGAAUGAUUGAACACUUUAUGGACAAAAACACUUACAAUGCUGGUGCAGAAGUGGUUGUUAAAUGGAUUGGUUGGGAAGCUGACUCUAAGGUUUUUAGAGAAUAUGUUGAUGAUGUUGUCAAGAACCACCUCAAAAUUGGUGACAUUUUUGGUUUGAAUGAAAAUGAACAAGACGGUGAAGAAGAUGAGCAAGAGGAAGAUGUUGAUGAACAAGAUCUAGAAGUAGAGGAUGAGGAAGAUGACCAAUUAAAUGAAGAUGAUGAUGAUUAUCAACAGUCAUCAGAAUGCAUUUUAAAUGAUGAUGAAAUUGAACUUGAAUUCAUUCUCAAGAUUAAUGAUGAUCAACAAUCACCAAGAAGUGUAGAGCUUAAUAUUGAAACAAGACCAGGAUUAGACCCUCAAAUAUCAGCCUACAUUGAAGACAAAUGUAGAACACUUUAUGAAUUUCCAAAUGAUCUCAUUAUCAAAUUUCAUUCUAAAAUGAGAAUUCGUUUUGUGAAUUUUUUAUUUUUUGCUCACUUUGAAUUAAUGCUUCAAUUCAAAGACACUUGUAACAAUAGAAGAUUGAAUCAAGAGCAGAGAACCAAUCUUAAAAUGUCAAUUAUUAAUGAAAGAUUGAAGAAUGAUAAUUUUAGAAAAUCACUUGAAGAAGAUGUUGAAAAAUUUUUCACUAGAAUUAUGCCAAGUAAUAAUCCUUCUAAAGAUUCUAAAUUUGAUAUCUAUUUCAAAGGUAUUGAUAUUCCUAUUCGUUAUCAUGACAAAGCUAUUGAGAUAUAUGAUUCUGCUGAUAAUGAUAUGAACGAUGAAUCAGAUCAAGAUGAGGUGAUGAUUACAUCUGGUGCAGAUGAAGAUGAGCAAGAAGAGGCCAACUCAAACUCAUCAAUCAUUACAUGGACAGCACUUUCUAGAGGAAAGACUUUUCCAAAGAUUAGAUAUAUUGCAAAGACGUUAAUUUUGAGGGAUUCUAAACUCAAAGAUAGACUUAAUGUCAUUCUUCCCAAAAACAAAACGAAAUAUAUUGUUUCUAAAGCUUACAUCAUUCUUUUAUUGAAGGAAUUACGAGUGAAAGGACUGACAAUAUUACAUGAUUUGUUACCACAUAUGAAAAGGCUCAAAUCUUGGCAAAAUUCUUAUACAAUCCCAACAAAUUUUACUUCUGGAAAAGCUUUUAACAAUUACUUAUUAAUUGAAGGUUAUGGUGAAAAGUUUAUUCAUAAGAGUGAAAAAGUUAAAGAAAGAUUUAUGGAAUUAUUUGUUGGCAAAGAUGGUAAAUGCAGGGUAGUAGAAUAUGAUGUGAACACUUUAGAAAUAAUUCAAGAUUCUAAAUAUCAAAACUCCUUCAGGAAAGCAUGUGAUUUAACUAAAUGUAAUUCAAGAAGUGAAUCCUAUCAUUUUCGUUCAGAUUCAGUUAGGGCACAUUUAGAAUCUUUAGAUGGUAUUUCCACAAUUUUCAAGAAGGGUAAUUAUAUUUCAACUGCCAAU